UGUUUGUCGUUUCAUGCAGUGGAGUAGCUACUCCUCUCCUGCACUCAAAGUUUCUCGUACUAGAGAAGUGGAAAAGGCUUAAUGCGUUGUUGGUUUCCUCGAAAUUUUGGAAUCAACUGACCAAUAGAGCUGUUUUCAGAAUUUCAGAAUUUCAGAAUUUUGUCGAGUAAUGAUUACAGGUCUUCUGAUGAAGAACAAAUACAAACUAGAAAUGGUGUUGUAGGGUUUGCAGUAGAAUCCUGUAGCCGAUUCUCCAGAGAGGAAUGUCACGGAUGCUUGGUGCCACUGAACAGGCGGAACAGCUUAGGCAAAAUGGAAACCACUGCUUCCAGAAGAAUCGAUUUGCUGCAGCUAUCGAUGCCUAUACCGAGGCGAUAACUCUAUGCCCUAAUGUUCCUAUAUAUUGGACAAAUCGUGCUUUAUGUCAUCGCAAGCGGAAUGACUGGACAAGAGUGGAGGAGGACUGUAGGAGAGCGACUCAUCUUGAUCAGAACUCUGUUAAGGCACACUAUAUGCUAGGCCUUGCCUUGCUACACAAAAAGGAAUAUGCUGAAGGAGUUAGAGAGUUGGAAGGAGCAUUGGAUCUUGGUAGAGGUGCUGAUCCUAAGGGUUACAUGGUAGAGGAGAUCUGGGAAGAGCUUGGAAAUGCAAAAUAUUUGGAGUGGGAGCAUGAAUCUUCAGCACGUGCUUGGGAAAACCAGAAUUUGAAAGAGGCUUGUGUGGCAGCUCUGAAGGAGAAACAUUUAGUCGAUAGCUCAAAAAAGAAGUUUAAGGAGGGACCUAAAUAUGAACGGAUAAAUUCUCUGGUCUCUCUCUCAGAGCAAAUUGAAGCUUUAAAUUUAGUGUUUGAGAGAGCUUCUGAAGAUGAUACACCAACUGAGGUUCCUGAUUACUUGUGUUGUAAAAUAACACUAGAGAUUUUUCGUGACCCUGUCAUUACACCCAGUGGGUUUACCUAUGAGAGGGCAAUUAUCCUUAACCAUCUGCAGAAGGUGGGUAACUUUGACCCAAUUACUCGAGAACCAGUCAACACAUGUCAGUUGGUACCCAAUUUGGCUAUUAAAGAAGCAGUUCAAGUAUACUUGGCUAAGCACAGAUGGGCUUACAAGUCGGAAUAAAAGCUCACUGGGUCACAGCUAUAUUCAAUUCUCCCAGGGUACCCUUAAGUGUAAGUUCGCUUGUAAUGUCAAGCAGAUGGUUGGCUGUAUAGUUUCUAGUAUCGUCUGCUCCAUUAUUGCUCAAUUAAACUGUGUACAGUAUUUUGAAUUAUGAAUGAUGUGUGCUAUGCAGGGAAGUGACCCUAUUGUUAUCUAUUACUACCCCGCCUACUGGGGGGGGACCAACUUUGAACUAGAACUAGUUGCACUAAUUGUGUGUAUGUAUGCAUAGACCAUCCGGGGGCUAUAAGUGAUACCAUCAGCCAGCCAUUAUGGGCACAUUUAAGCUAGACAUUACAGUUCCAACUUCCAUCACGAGACUGUUCAAAGGGGUGGACACGGUCCUGUUUCUUGACCGAUGGCUGGACUUGGACUAACUAGUUAUUCCAUUGAACCGUGUCCGGUUGAUGCAGAAUGGACCGAAAUGUACCCAUAUCCCACUUCUGGUCCCAGUCCCGGUGCUGGACCAGGACCAGAAUUAGCAUGUGGUAAUUCCCCUCUUCUGUCGAAAGGGUCCCAUGUGCUCCACAAAUACUGUUCGUGAUGAGCCCAUGCACAAGAAGAGUGGGAAUAAAGUUCACCAUUGCAUGUGUCAUGUGAUAAUUGGGUUAGGCAGAGAAUGGAUAAGAAGUGUGGAAUGCAGAGACACGUGUAACUUAUCAUCAUGUGUAAGUUACUGCAAAAAGUAUGGCAGAAACUUUUGCUAUUGCAUGAACAAAUGCAUUAUCAGUGAGAGUAUACUGAUUGCUCAUAUCAUGUUUUCAAUUAUUUGCUGCUGCUUCACCACACCACAGACAGCUGGGUUUGCAGUUAAGAAGAGUUAAUGAUCCAUAAUUAGAAACAAACACAAUAGGUGAGUGCCCCCCUUUUUUGUUAGCUGCAUUUUUGGAGUGAUCUUCUUAAUGUACUCUUGUCAUCACACCAAAUUACAGUAACAAUGUCCAUUCUCAAUAGACAUUUGAUUGAAUUAUAUGCUGUUUGAUUGCCUUGCAGUGUGUGGGGACAUAAAAAAGGGAUAUCGUUAGAGGCUUAGAGCUAAUUAUCUUUGUUAUUAUUAUAGGCAUAAUAAUAAGCUCUUGUAGUUUGUACAAGCAGGCUUAUCAUUCACCACUACUCACAUGGUAGACCCGAUUGGUCUAUAAUAGGCUUGAAACCUACCAUCAAAAAACACCCAAGUGAGUGGUGUUCUUUUAUUGGGUAAUUUUAUAAACAAAACGAGGGAAGAAAGACACAUGUUCAGCAUUAUUUGUCCUGGACGAUGAAAGGCCUAGAUUGAAAGUUUGAAACAGGUCAAAUUUAAUGGGAGUAAUUACGAUGUGUUAUUUCACGUUUGGGGUAAAACCGGUCGACACCAUGCGAAAAUCUCGGUAAUGAGGUUUCUCGAGGAAUCCCAGUGGCUCCGCGUGCUAUGUUUUUAUAGUCUUGUACUCUUGUCCCAUGACAAAUGGUAAAAUAAUUGGGAAAAAGUCUUGGGCGUGUGUACUGUGUACACAAGCAGUUUGUUCGUAAAUUACCGUGUGUACAUAUAACUAGGUCGUGUAUAACAAAUGUAGUGCUGGACUCGGUUCGGGCUGGGCCCGGUUCGGGCCUUGAACCGGCCGGGCCUCGGUUCACCAAAAGGAGGGCCCGGGCCCGAACCGGCAGGUGACCGGUUCCGGGCCAGACCGGGCCGGUUCACCCGCCCUUUUUUUUUUUUUUUUUUUUUGGCUUCUCUUAUUUAACCCCCUACCGCUCCCCCUCAACCCCAAACCACCCCAAAUGGCCCAAAAUACCUAAUCCAACCCAAAAAUUAAAAAAAUUUCAAAAAAAAAUUAAAAAAAAAAAUUAUUCCGGCCCGGACCGGGCCCGAACCGGCCGGGCCGGUUCACCAAAUAGAGGGCCCGGGCCCGGAACCGGUAUCCACCGGGCCACCGGGCCGGGCCGGUUCACACAGUAACCGGGCCGGGCCGGGCCGGUUCCGGUUCGGGCCGCCCGGCCCGAGUCCAGCACUAAACAAAUGUGUACAAAUUAUGUGCAAUUAGCAUCCUUCAAAAUAAUACCAACAAUAUUAUACGUAGUAAUAACUAAGAUAUCAUAAAUGUAUAAUGUUUAAAAUUGGAUUUUUAAAUUAUCAAUUAAGAGUGCUUAUUAUUAUUAUCUAAAAUGAAAUGUUAAUCAAUAAGUUGGAUGCCGAAAACUCCAAAAGAGAUACGUAGUAAAUGAUAAAUGAGAUGAAUGGAUGAUAAUAUGAUAUUAAUACUAACAAUACUUAAAUUAGUAUAUAAACAAAGUGGAAUUGUGUAAAACAUCAUCUAAGAAAUCAAUAAUAACAUUACAGUUUAGAAACUUAAUUAUGGCUGGACUCGGGCCGGUUCGGGCCUGGGCCCGGCCGGGCCUCGGGCCAGAAAACUAGGGCCCGGGCCCGAACCGCCGGUGGGCGGUUCCGGUUCCGGUUCCGG